UGGGCGGAGCGAGUGUGCUCGCGAGGUUUGAUCAGCUGUUGUGUCUGUUCCGUGAGGCAGCACGUGGGGAGGAGCGGGCGACACUUAUCUUCACGCUGCAGACGAAACCCCCUGUUCAGACAGAAAAUAAUGUAAUAAAGGAACUUGAUGAACAAAAAAGACAUUAUCAGCUGAAAAUGACAGAUCCAGCUUCACUAGAUUAAGGGGACGUUUCAAGAAUCCCUCCACGAUGGCUUUGAGAUUUCGUUCAUUCUUUCCUUACACAUUGCCAGGAGUACUUGCUUUGAUUGGCUGGUGGUGGUAUAUUUCCCGUAAAAAAGGGCGAAUAAGCAAUUCUGAUAAGGAAGUUGGCUCAUGUGUUGCUACUGCUUUGGGUGCUGAGUCUGCUAAUGGGAAUUUAGAAGUUGCAAGUUAUUCCCAGUUGGCUUCCACAAAUUUUCCCACUGAGGGAUCCCACCAUCACAAGUCUCUGCAUGAGAACCAAAUUAAUACUCCAGAACAGAUAGCAGAGGACUGUUCUGGAAAAGCUCUGAUUGCCAAUGCAAGGCCAAGUGUCAGUGGCAGACUGCCUUGCUGCAACACCAACACUCUGGAAUUGGCAGCUGAUAAAAUCUUGGAUGUCAAUGAUUAUUGCACUUCCUCUCUAAUUCAAGAACAUACUGUUCCUAUGCAAGAGGCUUCUGUGAACCCUGAAGCAGUAAAAAGUGAAACCUGUUCAGUUUCAGAGGAGGCUUUUCAGCUGGUCAACUCUAAGCUUGAUGAGACCAGCAUUCAAGAUGCAAUCUCAGGUAAUGUGUGUGAAGGGAAUACUGAGAAAGUUGAAGUGAUAAUGGCAACAGCUGCAGCAUGUACCAUGUUAGAAGUAGUAGAAUCAAAGAUAGUCUCUCCCACAGCACACCUGACAGAAGCAAUAAGGCCAGAACCUGAAGGGGAAGUAGCAGAUGAUAAAGUUUCUGUGUCUUUUGCUGAGAAGGUACAGAUUGGGACCUAUGAUGUUGAAAGUAACCUCCCCACUGAAGAAAAAAGUGCUAGUUCAUCUGACAUUCAACUCCAAAAACUGGGUGUUUGGGAGCCCCAUGAUGUAAUUGAAGCAUCCUCACUACUGCCACUUCAGGAAGCUGUCAGGUCCAGUAUUCCUGUAGAAAAUGGCAUGCCUCAUUCUACUGAGAUUGGUGAAAAAACGGAAGAUCUUGAAAAGCUUGCUUCAGGCAUAAUUUCGCAAGUUAUUUCUGCUGCUAUGCAGGAUUUGGUUACAGUUAGACAUUGUGAUGAAGAGAAAUGUUGCAUCCCUGGGGAUCUUAUUCCCAGUACCAUUCUGGAGAGUAAUGAGAGCAGUGUAGUUCAUGACUGUUCAAAUGAAUCUCUCAUAGCAAGAGACCAAAUCACAGAGAGUUGUCAAAACAAGGAGGAGUUCACCGACAUACAGGAUAGCACACAAACAUCAACACCUCAAGUAAAAGGAGAGAAAAGCCACCAAGAUCAGUUUAAUAACAGUUUUGUGGAAGAAAGUACAUCUCAGACAUGCAAGUCUGUGAAUGGUACCUUGCUGCCAUCUAAGUGGGACACCUCUGAAGAAGUCACAAUAUUAAGUCCGCCAAAAUCUCAUCAUGGUGCUGUAAUGGGGAAAAAACUAUUGCAAGCACCAAGAAGUCUAACUGAGGUUUUUGCAGAUCAUACAGAGGAUUCAGGGUGCAGCACAUGUCAGUCAGAGGAUGGAAUGAGUAAUGAGGACCAGUUAAUAAGAACUGGGAUAGCCUGUGUAUUACAAGAGCAAUUAGCAGGACCUUCAGACAUGUCUCUAAUAGAAGGUUCUCUAGGACAAGAGAAGACAAUGGAUUUAGACAGGUCUGCAACUACUGUCAUGCAAGAAAUGGAUGAUGAGCAGUGCACAAAUGGAGGAUUAAAUGGCAGUGCAGCUAACCUGAAAAAUGGCAUCCACUGGUCCCCAGAAGCUGAGGCAGAUCAUUCCGGAGGAUCAGAUGUAAACAGCAUGGACUCAGUUGACAGCGGCUGUACACUUGGAGCAGGAGAGAACAAUCAGAGCAAAAACCCGUCUUCAUCUCUUCCUAAGUCAGAGCUCAGUAUCUGGGAGAUUGAAGUGCCAAAGCAUUUAGUUGGACGUUUGAUUGGCAAGCAGGGAAGAUAUGUGAGUUUCCUGAAGCAAAGUUCUGGUGCAAAGAUUUACAUUUCCACGUUGCCUUAUACCCAGGACUUCCAAAUUUGUCACAUUGAAGGCACACAGCAGCAAGUUGAUAAAGCAUUGGGUCUCAUUGGCAAGAAGUUUAAAGAACUGGACUUAACAAACCUGUAUGCUCCUCCCCCUCUGCCUCUUACAUUGCCAUCUCUACCGAUCACAUCCUGGCUUUUGCUUCCUGAUGGGGUCACUGUGGAAGUCAUUGUGGUAAAUAUCAUAACAGCUGGUCACAUGUUUGUACAGCAGCAUACGCAUCCUACUUAUCAUGCACUGCGCAGUCUGGACCAACAGAUGUUUCUGUGCUAUUCACAGCCUGGCAUUCCAACCCUUCCGUCCCCAGUGGAAGUUGGUGUUAUCUGCGCUGCACCUGCAGGUGAAGGUGCUUGGUGGAGAGCCCAAGUGAUUUCCUUCUACAAAGACACUAAUGAAGUGGAGAUCCGAUAUGUAGACUACGGGGGUUAUGAGAGAGUGAAGAUUAGUGUUCUUAGGCAAAUCAGGUCAGACUUUGUAACUCUGCCAUUCCAAGGAGCAGAAGUGCUACUGGAUAAUUUAAUCCCAAUCCCAGGUGAGGACAGAUUUCCACCAGAGGCUGAUGCAGCACUUGAAGAAUUGACUCGGGGAGUUCCUCUUCUUGCACAGGUCUCUAAUUAUGAUAGCAACACAGGUUUGCCACAGAUCCAGCUCUGGAACAUGGUUGGCGAUGAGUUGGUGUCUAUAAACAGGACCCUUGUGGAGAGAGGAUUUGCUUCUUGGGUGGACAGCUUCUAGCCAUUGGAGCAUAUUAUCUGUGCCUUGCUGUGAAAGGAUUUAAAACGAUUUAACUGUGCCUGGACAAUGGAUGCUAGAAGUGGCACUUCACAUUAUGUAAUUUAUGGUUUCCAUUGCGACACAAAGUAUUUAUGUGGUCUUUAAAAAAAGAAAAAAAAAUAUUUAUUUGUAAUUAUUUUUCCACCUUCAGUGAUUUUUUUUUUUCUUUCUUUCUCCAUAUGCUCGGAAUGGGACACAAACUGAACUUUUUUUUUAUUAUUUAAGAAAUUGACUGUUUACCUAUUGGUGAUCAGUCUGGAAUUAAACUUUUGACAGAUUCCCUAGGUUUCUGCGCAGAUAAGGCCCUUAACCUGUACAGCACCAACAAAAGAGUGCCUAGUGUUGGCAUUUCAGAUGCCUCUUUGCAGAUUUUUAUACAGAUUGUAUAAACUUGUACAAAGUUUACCUAAUUGCAUAUUCUUUUUACACACUUGUUGGGUAGGGUAUGGUUUCUUUUACGUGUACAAUUUUUUGGGCUGUUAAGCUUCAACUUGAAGUAUUUCUUUGUAAUCGUGGCUGGGUGCUGAAAGGAUAGAUUUAUCUGAAGCAACUCUGAAUAUAACUGAGAGGCAGUGUUUUGAAGUACUAUUGAACAGUUGAAGGCAUUUAAAGUGCAAUCUUAUUGAUUGAAUCCGCUUGGUAUCAAAUUCUGAAAAGUCAAUUCUUGAUUUUCCCAUGAGAAUGCGGUAAAAAUAUCCCUUAAUUAAGUUUCCCCUCACUCUACUUCAGUACUUACUGCUGAUGGUAGCAUCUCAUUUUGUGCUUUGGUAUGCUGGGAUAAAGUAAACUACCUAUCAUAUGGGUAAAGUUUGAUCUUAGAUGUUCAAUCCCUGGAGCAAAUGUUUAACUUUUCAUUUUAUGGUGGUAUACUGUCAUGCAUUUCUACUGCAAGUCUGAUUGCUCCAUUUAAAUGCACAAGCAUUGUGGUCCUUGAGUUUGAUUGCAAAAACACUUGCUUUGAAGCUUGGCUCUAAUCGUCGUCAUCUUGCCUUUACACGGACUCUCAUCUAUGUUAUUGCAGUUUUAAUAGCAUAUUAGCAAAUAAACAGCUCAAUCCCUGGACACCCAGGAACACCCUGUGAAAUGAUAUCCAACAUGUUGUGUGUUUUUUUUGAGAGUCUGCUAUGAUUAUGUACAUGUGCUGCUGUUCUUGGCUAAGUUGGGGGAAUGCAUCAUUUAACUAAAAGCUGCUCAGAUAUAUUAUGAAACACUAUGUUUGACGUCCUCCCUCCAAGUAACAAGUGUUAAUGGUUUCAUUUAUGUUGAUUGGUUCCUUUCAUUGGGACUGGGACAUUUCAUUAAUACUGUAUGUGCAAUAUGGGUCACCCAGAAAGUCUUUUUUGUUUUUUUUAAGGGAUGGUGAUAAGCAAUUAUGAACUGCAGAGACUUGCGUAGGAGUUGUUUUUGAUGUCAGGCGCCUCUUCCAAUAAUUAUGAGAUUGUGCAAGUUAUUUCUAGUAUCGUGGCAUUUUCCAAACAGCCCCAGACAUAAAAGGACCAGUUUAAAAUAUCUUUGGGUGAAGAUUUGCAACAUUGGAUUUAAACAUCAAUUUAAUCGGUCUUUGGACUCUCUGUGGACCAGAUCUCAAUGCUUUAGAAACAUUCAAAGCAAUGAGAUACACGAUGGGAGGUUUAAGUGAAAUUAGCAGAGAUGUGUCUGACAAAUCUUCUAGGAUCACCUGUAAACACACAAUUCAGGCCCUUAAACAUCACAAGUCUGUAUAUAGUCUCAGAACUGUUUUGUAUGGACCUGCUAUAUUUUUUCUACUGCCUUUAUUCUCCACACUAACUUGAACCUUCCCAGAUAUUAAGCUGAUUUUUUAAUGGUUCUGACAACAUUUACAGUUAAUGUAAAGGAAAUCACUGCCAUGUGCAGUUAGCUAAGAACAGCAAGCUGCUAACCAGUAAAUAUCCAUGUGUGUAAAUAAGACAGUUUUUCCCAUGUGUGUUUUUGUUUUUUCCGUGUCACUUUCAAAUAUGAAGGGAAUAGACCCUGUUACAUUUUUGUUUGAUUAAUCCCUGUCUUCCCCCUCUAUCCUCAAUCAGUACCCCAAAUCAGUAGGUAGAACUGGUGUGAAGUGUUUCAUAUAGAGUUAAAUAGACAGGUGAAUAUUUCAAAUUGUAUUUUAGCAAAUUCUUCUCAGUGCUUCACUGUGUACAGAUUACUUUUGCUUAUAUUCUAAUACAGUUUGAAUUAUGGUAACCUGAUUGCCUGUACAGAUAUAUUGAAAAGCAAUUAAAAGUUUAAACAAAAGAAA